CGCUUGUCUCUGUCGCGUGCAGCCAAAUUGUACCGUAAAGAAGCUCUUCUCGAUGAAGGUCAGGAAAUUGUUGUGCAUUUGGGGAAAGACAAUUCUGAAAGUGACAGCAAUUCGUACACGAGCGAAGAUUGAGACGAUGGAGCUCGUCAACAUGGUACUGGGUUUUCUCAAUAACUGGAGUAUCUCCAUUAAAUAUGGACAGUGACACCGAUCAGUAGUGUUCGAAACACUUUGGUGCUGUGAAAGUGUCUUAUAGCGGUGUUGUUAUAGCUACACUGUAGUGCUUUAAAAAUCCGGAGUUGUUUUCUGCGGGUCUCGAAUAUUGGAUCACAUGAGAGGACUGAGAUCCAAUUUCUUUCUGAAACGCCUGGACCAUGAAGCACAUGUAUAUCUGUACUGUAGUGAGAUUACAGCCCACAUUUUGUCAUCAGAAAACACUUUUUCUGAGGUUCUGCAUAAGAUAAAGGUUUUACCACUUGGUGUUUCAAGUAUUGUGAAGAUUCUAGAUCAUAAUGGGUCAGCAGAAGAUGUUACUGUGUCUCUGAUACCAACUGGACACUGCCCUGGUGCAGUCAUGUUUCUGUUUGAAGGAGAGAUGGGACGGAUUCUCUAUACAGGGGAUUUCCGUCUUUGUGAAGGAGACGUGUCUCGGUUUCGUCAGUUUCACUAUUUGGAUGGGACGGUGAAGGUAAUUGACAAGCUGUACGUUGACACCACGUUUCUGAGCCGUCGGUAUCAGCGGUUUCCUUCAAGGACAGCCAGCAUGUCUAUUCUCUGCAAUCUCAUCACUUCAUGGCUUCACGAAGGACAUGAUAAUGACAUCUAUAUUCAAACAGCUGCAAAGUAUGGAUCAGAAGCUGUGUUCAUCGCUGUUGCAAAGCAGCUUGGGAUGAAGAUUCAUGUAAAUGAUACUACUUAUAAUGUUUAUAAGAAUAUAGCAGAGAUAAAAGAGGCUGUGACAGAUGAUCCGUACUGCACAAGGAUCCAUGCUUGUCAACAAUAUAAAUGGCCGUUCCGAUCGCGUGACAAGACCACCAUUUUACCUUGCCGGAAUAAAUCGUCCAAACUACGAAUUAUAAGGCCUUGUGCCAUGACUUUUACAUCUAAAGUGUAUGAUGGGUCAUUGGAGUCGGCGGUGUUGCAGUCCGAUGAUCAGGAGCUGUUCAGAGUAUGUUAUUCCUGCCACUGUUCAUACGGAGAGCUGGAACACUUUAUCAAGUAUCUGAAGCCUAGACAAAUACAAGCUUGCGUCAUUCCACAAAACAUGGAAGAAGCUGGCAUUUUAGAUUUAUUAAAAAAAGUCAGUAGGUGGGGAAAUGGCUCUUCUGAUAUGCCAUUAAUAACAGUAAGUAAGAAAUGCACUAAGAAUGGGAUAUCAUCAGACAUGGCAACAUUCAGUACCACAGCGCUUAUGAAACAAGAAAAUGCAGCUUCGUCAGGUAAUUUUGUGGUUGUGGAAGAGGCAAGUAGGGGAAACAUGCCGAUAGAAUGGAGUAAUGAUGAUGCAGAGAUUUAUAGGUUGAUUGCGGAAGAUCUUAAACCUAAAAUAGGUGAUCCGGAUGCGAUUAUCAAACAAAAUAUACGACUAGAAUUUCUGGAAAUUGCAGCAUGUUUGAACAAGUCAGUGGUGUGAGAGAACUGUUAAAUGGGGCAAACAGAAAUACUUCUGGUAUUGCAGUUAAGAUGGCAGUUGCAGGUGAAAGGCUAUUGGUUUGAUAGCCCUCAUAUAUUUUGUAUUUUAUUACUUUGUGUAGUACAGGGACUAGGUUGUCUUCUGGCUUUUUUGGCAUGGGCUAGCAUAAAGUAGUCUGUGAUAUUGCAGUUUCAGUGCAAAAGUCACACGUAUAUGUUUCGAUCUGUAAAUUUUAACAUGCAUCCAUUACCAUUAUGUUUUUUAUAUUGGCAUUUUAUGUUUGUCCCCAUGAAAUAUUCCACUAUUUUAUGAAUGAAUUUUCGUAAUAUUUAUAGUUUUUAAUUUUGGAGCUGUUUUGUGUACCAUCGAAGUUGCAUGUUCUGGUGUUUAAGUUAUGCAAGCAUAAAGACUGAUGAGGAUUGGUUGUGAUUUUCAGAGCCAGAUGUCAGUUUGACAUCUUUUACUUUUAUAUCGGACUUACCCAAACUUAAAGUGUAGAGGACUGUUAAUUCAGACGCAUUUCAAACUGGAUACGUAGAACAUCAACUGCUCCUCUUUGAAUUUGCGUGAAAUUUAAUUCAGAUACGUGGACCUUAUUUAAGCGUACUGGAAAGAUUAAUUUUGAUCUGCAUUGCAUAAUUUUUUGCUUUUUUCUAUGCGGAACUUUGAUUGUGAAGAAUAUUUUAUAUUUAUCAUACUUUCUAUUUAUCCCUUUGUUAAUUUUUAACAAGCUCGGUUUUCUUUCCCAUAUAUAUGGGGUAUGGUAAUAUAAGACUUUUGUGCAGCUCUUGAGCACGUUGGGCUUCGUUUAUAAUAAGAUGACUGGUAAGACAAUUGAGGGACAAUCAGUAACUUAGAAGUGACUUGCUGAGAGGAAGGAAGCAUAAAAUGCAAGAUGUGGUUGCAGACAGACUUAAGUGGUACAUUUCUGAACACUUAUAAUUACAGGCUAAAUUCUCAUUGAAGUGUUUGAAUGAAAUAUUCAGUUGUAUGUGCCUCUGCUUUUUUAUUAAUUAAUUUUAAUAAAUCGUUAAUUAUUGUGGUUGUAAAAUUGAUGAUUUAAAAGUGGAACUUCCUGGUACGAUCAUAGAAAGCGCAUUUUCUGUUUUUUUCAUCGCAUGUCCGAUUGCCAUUUCGGUAUAUAGAUCUGGGCAGUUGGGUGGAGGAUGCGUGUUCAUGUUGAAGCAUUCUGCCUGUUUACUCUGUCAAAUGCAAGAUAAAUUAUCUGCUGUCUUGCAGUUGGUUAAAAAUUAAAUUACCUUUACGGCACGGUCCAUAGGCGUAUUACUCUCUUUCGUGUCUCUGCAACCACACACUGUUUUCUGUUUGUUGUUGUUCAUAUUUAAUUAUGAAACUUAUUUGUUUUAAUUGUAUUGGUUGUUAUAAAUCUCGUGAGAUGUGAACAGGCCAAAAACUGAUUCAUACUUUGUCGUGUUUUAGUAAACUCACCGUUUAAGAACGAAGGGUUUGGUUUUUAUUCCGCCUUGUGUUUUGAUUUGGUUGAAGAUAAUUUGAGUAUGGAUUAUAGAAAUGGAAUAUGUUUGUCAUUUGGGCUGCAGUAACUUUUAACUAAUUUCAUGGAGGUCCAUGAAAAAAUUAUCGUCUUUCAUGCGGUAAAGGAACUGCUUGUCUUUUAUUGAACCUGAAGGUUCAUUAUUGCGUUUACAAUAGCCCACCACUGGUUCCUAUCCUUAGACGUGUCAUUGCAGCCCACACACUGUUUCUUUAAGAUCUAUUUAUGAUUCUCUAGUGGGACUGUGGGUUCGAAUCCCACUCAAGCCAUGGAUGUCUGUCCGCAUUGUGAUGUCCUGUGUACAGGUAGAGGCCUUGCGACGGGCUGAUCCCUCGUCCAAGGAGUCCUACCGAAUGCCCAUAGAUCAAGCCAACUAAAAAAGUUGGGGUCCCGUAAAAGGGUACCGGAAAAUGUAUGAACAUUAUUAAACCGGAAAAAUAAGAUGAUGAUUCUCUAGUGUGGCCUCUUUUCUCAGGUUUUGUGACUAAAAUCUGGGUUUAUUUGUCUCCUGGUUUUCCUCAGUACUUCACAUGGUUGGAGGUGAGGGUACUUUCAGAUGGACACGAAAAUUGUCUGUAACUCGUCAUAAGCGCGAUAAAGAUUGAAUGCCAUCUACCAAUAACUUUUGCAAGCAAUCCCUUCUGUGAUGAUUUAGUCUGAAGGUUAUUAUUUUUGUGGAUGUUUGAUUUUAGCGAGUUGGGUAAAGACCUUUGUUACGAAUUGUUCUAGUGGCAUAGAAUUUUAUUUUAAAGUGUAUGUAAUUUUACAUAUUUUGCAAACUUGUAUGACCAUGUCUUAAAAUUAAUAUUGAAAAUGUCUUAGUCAUUGUUUUUAUCGUGGUACCAGUGAACCAGUUUUGGUAGUCUUUUUUGUUUUUAUUUAUAAUCCUUAUGUUUCUAAUGUGGAUGUUUGAAAGUGGCGUUGAUGUGUGGAAAUGUAUGGGGUCAGAUGCUUAAGGUGAAGAAUCGACAUUUUAUAGCGCACGAUGAAAAUAAUUGAAAAAGGUAUUAAUAAUUGGAGUGCCUUAUAAUGUGUUGGUCUGAUGAUGGUGAAUGUUACUGAAAAAUGUAACCAAAAAAGUAAACAAUAAUCUAAAAAGAAAUUUGAUGACUGUAUUUUAACGACCUGUUGUGAUUUUAAUAAAACCUUGUUGAAUAAUUUGAACAA